AUGAUCGCGUCCCACCUGCUCGCCUACUUCUUCACCGAGCUCAACCAUGACCAAGGGCAGAAGAUUGACAAAUACCUCUAUCACAUGCGGCUCUCCGAUGAAACGCUCCAGGAGGUGUCUGAGCGCUUCCGAAAGGAGAUGGAGAAGGGUCUCGGAGCGGACACCAACCCCACAGCGUCGGUGAAAAUGUUGCCCUCGUUUGUGAGAUCCACCCCAGAUGGGACAGAGAAUGGAGACUUCUUGGCCUUGGAUCUUGGCGGCACGAACUUCCGUGUGCUGAGAGUGAAGGUGUCUGAUAACGGCCUGCGGAAGGUAGAAAUGGAGAAUCAGAUCUAUGCCAUUCCAGAGGAUCUCAUGCGUGGGAGUGGGGUACAGCUCUUUGAUCAUAUUGCCGAAUGCCUGGCUAACUUCAUGGAAAAGCUGAACAUGAAGGACAAGAAGCUUCCCCUCGGAUUCACCUUCUCUUUUCCUUGCCACCAAACAAAACUGGAUGAGAGUAUCCUCGUUACAUGGACUAAAGGGUUCAAAUCCAGUGGCGUGGAGGGGAAAGACGUGGUUGCCAUGAUACGUAAAGCCAUCAAGAAACGAGGGGACUUCGACAUUGACCUGGUCGCUGUGGUGAACGACACCGUAGGGACGAUGAUGACCUGCGGCUAUGACGAUCACAACUGCGAAGUUGGGCUCAUUGUUGGUACUGGUACCAAUGCAUGCUACAUGGAGGAGAUGCGGCACAUUGACUUGGUGGAAGGGGAUGAAGGGCGGAUGUGCAUAAACAUGGAAUGGGGAGCCUUCGGAGACGACGGCGUGCUGAACGACAUCAGGACAGAGUUUGACCGUGAGAUCGACAUGGGUUCGCUCAAUCCAGGGAAACAACUGUUUGAAAAGAUGAUCAGUGGCAUGUACAUGGGAGAGCUGGUCAGGCUCAUCCUGGUGAAGAUGGCCAAGGAGGAGCUGCUGUUCGGUGGAAGGCUUACCCCAAGCUUGCUCACCACAGGACACUUCGAGACCGGAUAUGUGUCUGCUAUUGAAAAGGAGAAGGAAGGACUACAAAAAGCCCACGAGAUCUUGACCAAGCUCGGGCUGGACCCAUCUGCAGAAGACUGCAUAGCCACCCAGCAUAUCUGCCAGAUCGUCUCCACCCGCUCGGCAAACCUCUGUGGUGCUACCCUGGCCGCAGUGCUGCGCCGGAUCAAGGAGAACAAAGGAGUUGACAGGCUACGCUCCACCGUCGGCGUGGAUGGCUCAGUGUACAAGAAGCACCCCCAUUUUGCUCGACGCCUUCAGAAGACGGUGCGGAAGCUGCUGCCAGACUGUGACAUCCGAUUUGUUCGCUCGGAAGACGGGAGCGGCAAAGGGGCCGCUAUGGUCACGGCGGUGGCCUACAGGCUAGCAGCCCAGCAUAAGGCAAGGCAGAAGACCCUGGAAGCCCUGAAGCUGAGCCAUGAGCAGCUGCUGGAGGUGAAGAAUAGGUUGAGGAUAGAGAUGGAGAGGGGACUGAGCAAAGCAUCGCACCUGGAUGCCACUGUGAAAAUGCUUCCCACUUACGUGUGUGCCACUCCAGAUGGAACAGAAAAAGGAGACUUCUUGGCCUUGGAUCUUGGGGGAACGAAUUUCCGUGUGCUGCUGGUGCGUGUGCGGAACGGGAUUAGGCGUGGCGUUGAGAUGCACAAUAAGAUCUACUCAAUCCCGCAGGAGAUCAUGCAGGGGACAGGAGAGGAGCUGUUUGAUCACAUCGUCCACUGCAUUUCGGACUUCCUGGAAUACAUGGGAAUGAAGGGCGUGUCACUUCCUAUGGGAUUCACCUUCUCUUUCCCUUGCCAACAGAAUAACCUUGAUGAGGGGAUACUCCUGAAAUGGACUAAAGGGUUCAAAGCUACUGGCUGUGAAGGAGAAGAUGUGGUGAACCUGCUGAAAGAAGCUAUUCAUAGGAGAGAGGAGUUUGAUCUGGAUGUGGUAGCAGUGGUGAAUGACACAGUAGGCACCAUGAUGACCUGUGGUUAUGAAGAUCCUUAUUGUGAAGUCGGGCUCAUCGUUGGCACGGGCAGCAACGCCUGCUACAUGGAGGAGAUGAGGAACGUGGAGCUGGUGGAGGGUGAAGAGGGCAGAAUGUGCAUUAACAUGGAGUGGGGGGCGUUCGGGGACAACGGCUGCUUGGAUGACUUCCGGACAGAAUUUGAUGUGGCAGUGGACGAACUUUCUCUCAAUGCUGGAAAACAAAGGUUUGAGAAAAUGAUCAGCGGGAUGUACCUGGGCGAGAUUGUCCGAAAUAUCCUGAUCGACUUCACCAAGAGGGGGCUGCUGUUCCGGGGGCGGAUUUCCGAAAGGCUGAAGACCAGGGGGAUAUUCGAGACGAAGUUCCUGUCUCAAAUUGAGAGCGAUUGCCUAGCCCUGCUCCAGGUCCGCUCCAUCCUCCAGCACCUGGGCCUGGAGAGCACGUGUGAUGACAGCAUCAUUGUGAAGGAGGUGUGCACCGUGGUAGCCAGGCGUGCUGCUCAGCUCUGUGGCGCUGGUAUGGCAGCGGUGGUGGAUAAAAUCCGGGAGAACCGCAAGCUGGACUUCCUUAAGGUCACAGUUGGUGUGGACGGGACACUCUACAAACUGCAUCCUCACUUCUCCUCCAUCAUGCACGAAACGGUGAAGCAGCUGACCCCGAAGUGCGAAGUGACCUUCCUCCAGUCAGAAGAUGGCAGCGGCAAGGGGGCGGCGCUCAUCACGGCGGUGGCGUGCCGGAUCCGGGAGGCUGGGCAGCGAUAA